AUGGCUUUCAGACUCGCCGUGGAAGAGCUGCUUGGAGCACCUUGGGUGCCAGUCAUUUUCACUCUCAGUGGUACCUUUUCAGUCUUCUGGCUGCUCAAGUUAUGGCCGAGCAAGACGCAGUCUGCGCCCCAGGGUAACUGGCCUAUGUUCAAGGACUUUGAUCCGGCUGCUUUGGAUCGAUCGAAGCUCGCCGAGGAUCAGCCGACUACGACCCUCGGAAAAUCCACCAUUCUUUCGAACAGAUACGCGCAUGAAGUCCGAAAUGAUGAGCGGUUGAGUUUCCAGUUGGGAUUGGAAAAGGACUUCCUCACGACCGUGCCUGGUCUUGAGACUUUGUUUGGUGGCGAUUUCCACAACGGGGUUGUCUGGGACACUGCAGUUAGCUUCUCACGUAAACUCGAUGCGGUGGUGAAUCCACUAGCGGAAGAGACGAAGGAUUACCUGGAAAAGAACUGGGGAGACGACAAGGAAUGGGAUACUGUUCCCCUUCAUCAGUCGAUGCUGAUGCUCAUCGCGCAACUUACUGCCCGCAUCUUUGUCGGUGAAGAGCUAUGUCGCAACCCGGAAUGGCUUGGGCUUGCAACUGGCUACACGAUGGAUAGGACGUUCGCUGUGAAGGCUCUGCAAGAAUGGAACCCGUGGCUCAUUCCUGUUGUGCAUUGGUUCCUGCCCGCUUGUAAUAGACUCCGAGGGACAAUCAAACGGGCCCGUCGUUAUAUUGAUCAGGCGCGCCGGGAACGAAGAGACCAGACAAAAGAUGCUGGAGGUACUGAUCGUACCGAUGCCAUGACCUGGAUUGACGGUGUUGCGCGGUCCCAAAAUCGUUCUUACGAUGCUACUCUCACGCAGUUACGACUGGCAUAUGCUGCCGUGCACACCACGGGAGACUUGAUGACCAAGGUAGUCUCUGCUUUGUGUGAGAACCCCGGGAUGAUCCAGCCAUUACGACAAGAGAUCAUUUCCGUCGUGAGGAAGCAUGGUUGGCGAGAGACUUCCUUGCACAAGAUGACCCUGCUGGAUAGUGUGCUCAAGGAAAGCCAGCGAAUCCAGCCUUUAGGCUUGUACACUCUCUCCCGUAUUGCUCUUGAGCCAGUCACUCUGUCUGAUGGCACCAAGAUCAGCAAGGGCGAACAGGUCAAGAUCUCCACCGACCACAUGUGGAACUCAUCGAUCUGGCCUGAUCCUGCGACAUUUGACGGAUAUCGCUUUCAAAGUCUACGGGAUGAUCCAUCCCAGUCCUCAGCCGUUUCGUUUGUUAGCCUCAGCGCUAAUCAUAUGGGCUUUGGCUAUGGCAAGCAUGCAUGCCCUGGGCGGUUUUUGGCAGCUAUCGAAGCUAAGGUGGUUCUCUGCCAUCUUCUCCUCAGGUAUGACUUUGAAUUCGAAAAUAAGGAAGUUUCGGGGGCUCAAACGGACGGUAUGAUGAUUUGGAGGAAUCCUCGAGCGCAGUUGCGGAUCAAACGACGGGCGGAGGAAAUUGAGCUGUGA